AUGGCCCGCACGUUUCGCUUGGCGCUGGCCCAGAUCAACCUAACCGUAGGAGACAUCCCCGGCAACACCUCACGGAUGCUGGAGUGCCUGCAGCAAGCCCGCGAGUCCCGUGCUGACCUCGUGGCUUUCCCCGAGCUCGCCACCACGGGCUAUCCACCAGAAGACCUCCUCUUCAAGAAGUCCUUUGUCGACGCCAACGUCGCCGCCAUGCACGAAGUGGUUGCCGCCUCCCAUGGAAUGGCUGUGGUUCUCGGAUACGUCCACCCCCGAGGGACUGGCGUCGCCAACUCAGCAGCUAUCGGCUACGACGGAAAGCUGAUUGACACCUACGACAAGAUUUUCCUGCCCAACUACGGUGUGUUCGACGAAGAGCGUUACUUCGUCAAGGGGAGCGCUUGUCCCGUCUACGAGAUCAACGGAGUGCAGGUGGGUGUCAACGUUUGCGAGGAUAUCUGGUACGAAAUGGGGCCGUCUUCGGUCCAGCGCAGGGCGGGAGCGGAGCUGAUCGUCAACAUCAACGCCUCGCCGUUUCAUGCCGGCAAGAGCGCCUACCGCGCAGGUAGCAUCGUGGGUAGCCGGGCAGUGGAAAACGGGCUCUACGUGGCAUACCUGAACACCGUCGGAGGGCAGGACGAGCUGGUUUUCGACGGCAACAGCAUGAUCUGCGACCCCCAGGGAGAACUGGUCGCCCGUGGUCCCGCCUUCCGGGAAGCGAUGAUACUGGCAGACAUACAAGUCGACUCUGCGACACAACCCGCGCCCCAAUUUGAAGACAGUAGCUGUGAUGCAGAUCUGGAGGCGGUGGGUUCUCCGAAAGUUGUCAGAGUUUCCGGCUACCCGGCGAAUCGCGAACGCCCACCAGUCCCAUCCUCACCUGCUUUCGCUGAAGCUGGGGAGACCGAGGAAAUCUACCGGGCCCUCGUGAUGGGAACCCACGACUACCUCGUAAAGACUGGGUUUAGCAAGGCCAUCGUCGGGCUGUCGGGCGGAAUAGACUCGGCCCUCACCGCGGUGGUCGCCGCCGAUGCGCUGGGGCCCGAGAACGUGCUGGGCAUUACAAUGCCGUCGCGGUAUUCCUCCUCCGGCAGCGUCGAUGACUCUGCGAAUCUGGCGCGGAACCUCGGCAUCGAGUUCUGGGAAAUUCCCAUCGAACCUGCCCACGCCGCAUUCGCCGAGAUGCUGGAGCAGCGUUUCGCCGAUACCACGCCCAACGUUGCCGAGGAGAACGUCCAAGCACGCAUCCGAGGCAACGUGCUGAUGACCGUGUCUAACAAGUUCGGCUGGAUCGUGCUGACCACAGGCAACAAGUCCGAGAUGGCCAUGGGGUACGCCACGCUUUACGGCGAUAUGGCCGGCGGCUUCGCUGUACUAAAAGACGUGCACAAGAUGACCGUAUAUGCCCUCAGCCGCUGGCGCAACGCCCACGGCGAGUUGUUCGGCGGAAGCGACGACGUCAUACCCACUGCCAUCAUCGACAAGCCUCCCAGCGCCGAGCUACGCGAAGACCAGUUGGACGAAGACAGCCUCCCUCCGUAUGACAUCCUCGAUCCCGUGAUCCAGGCAUACGUCGAAGACGACCGCAGCUACGCCGAGAUGCUGGACAUGGGCUUCGACGCGGCGGUCGUACGCCAGGUCAUCACCGCAGUGGAUCGCAACGAGUACAAGCGCCGCCAGGCCCCUCCCGGCGUCAAGAUCACUCCCCGCGCCUUCGGCCGCGACCGCCGCCUCCCCAUCGUAAACCGCUACCGUCAGGUGUGA